UGCGACGCUCACACAUUCUCACCAUGAAGCUUCUGUCAAUGUUUCUGGUCGUGAUGGUGACCCUGUCUGGCCUGAUCAGCUGGACCAGUGCCAUGCCUGACCCCGACCCAGAGGCUAACCCUGCUGGCUUCGGCAGGUUUCAUGGCGGAGGUAGUGGUCAUGGCUUCCACAGGAGUCACGGCCAUGGAGUUGGAAGGGUUCAUGGCCAAGGCUUUGCAAGGGCUCACAGCCGUGGCUUCGGUGCUCGCCAUGGCCAAGGCAUUUACGGAUAAUGAAAAGGACGCCAGAUA